GCCAAGCCUCUCGGCCGCCAAGCGAGACGCGCGGAGCGACAGCCAGGCCGCGGCGCUUUACGGCAGCCUUUCGGCGAGGUUCUUCUUUCUUCCACGUGGAUCGCUCCGAAGGAGAAGAGAGGAGAGUCGCCUCCGGCCGCCAUGAAGCGACCGAAGUUAAAGAAAGCUAGUAAGCGCAUGACCUGCCACAAACGUUAUAAAAUACAGAAAAAGGUACGAGAACACAAUAAAAAACUUCGAAAAGAAGCCAAGAAACAUAAACACAGGAAACCAAAGAAAGAUCCUGGAGUUCCCAAUACGGCCCCAUUUAAAGAAGAGAUUCUUCGGGAAGCUGAACAUAGGAAACAACAGGUAAAACAGCUUGUAAUUGAGGCUUCAGAUGUCAUACUUGAAAUCUUGGAUGCUAGAGAUCCUCUAGGCUGUAGAUGUCCACAGGUUGAGCAACUUAUUGCUCAGUCUGAGGGAAGAAAAAAAAUACUUUUGGUUUUAAAUAAAAUUGAUCUGAUACCAAAAGAAAACUUAGAAAAUUGGUUAAAUUAUUUAAAUAAAGAUCUUCCAACUAUUGCUUUUAAAUCAUCGAUGCAGAUAAAAGACAGAACUGUGCAAGAGAAAAGAAAUACAAAGAAGAAUAGUGCAUACCUAGAAUUAUCAAGAGCAAACAAAUGCUUUGGAAGUGAAUGUCUCCUGAAACUUCUACAAGAAUAUUCUAUGACUAAAGAUGAAGUUAUACAGGUUGGGGUGAUAGGUUUUCCAAACGUGGGGAAAAGCAGCAUAAUCAAUAGUCUGAAAGAGGUACGCGCCUGCAACGUGGGACCAGAGAGAGGCCUUACAAAGUCCAUACAAGCAGUGCACAUUGACAAACGUAUUAAGAUGUUGGAUAGUCCCUGUAUAAUUGCAGCACCUUCAUGCUCUGCUCUAACUCUAGCACUGAGAAGUAUCACAUAUGCUGAAAACCUACUUGAUUCAGUAGAUGCUGUUCUGAAGCACUGUAGGAAACAGCAGAUCAUGUUACACUAUAAUAUCUCAGACUACAGGAAUUCUCUGGAAUUUUUAACUUUGCUUGCUCAAAAGAGAGGAAUGUUGAAAAAAGGUGGUCUUCCUAAUACAGAAGGUGCAGCUAAAUUACUGCUCUGUGACUGGACAGGUGCCAAAGUUCGUUACUAUUCUCGACCUCCUGAACCAUGGGUUCUGUCUCCACAUCUUUCCAGGGAAGGAGUAGCAACAAUACAGGAGGGCUUUAAUUUUGAGGAACUGGAAGAAGAUAACAAAAAUACUCUAAAUGCUAACAAAUACCCUAACCAGGCAAGCACUAUUGUCUUCCAAUCUCCUGGCUUCACGGAUGGCAUCAUGGAGGAUAAUGAACAGCCAGAGGAAGCCCUGGAAUUAGACAAUGCGGAAGAAAAUGAUGAAUUAACUGAAGAAGAAAUUGAGGCUGAUGAAAGUGACCUUGAUGAUGUGAAAGAGGAAAGUGACAGAUUAAUGAGUAGUCAAACACCCUCUGAAGAAUUGAAAGUAAAGAAUGCAAACUUGGACAUGUUACCUACAGAUGAAAAACAACUCAAAACCAGUGACCUGGAUGAUACCUAUGACUUCAAUACCGAUUACAUGUGAAAAAAUAUUACAAAAUUUUAAGUAUUUUUCACAUUCUGGAAUGCAUUCCUAAUCUGUUUUUGCAGUUACUGAACACCGGACUCGUGUAAAUAUUUUGGAAAUAGCAGCUGAUAAGAAAAUAUGCUUUCUGAUGUAGUAGAUUUUGUUCAGUAAAUGCUUUGAUCAUAUGAACUACAAGCAGAAGUAAAACCAGUGUUUUACAAAAGUAGAAUGAAGCAACAAUUCAGACUGUAACCUGUGUAGGGCUUGUGUUGAAUAAGUAUGGAUAACAAAGGACUUUCUGUUUUCCAAACUGGAAAAACCUGAGCUACAUUGCAGAAAAUCCUAUGGUGGAAUGAAAAUUAUUUUUCUUGGGGGUUUUUUUCCUUCUCCCUACAAUAGUAAACUUAGCACUAAGAUGAAAGUUGCAGGCUAUAAAGGGUAAAGGAACAGGUAACAAUUUCUUUUCUUCUGAAUUAUGCAUUUAUUUUUCAUAAUUCUGUAGCCUCAGUUCCAUCUUAAUAAGGCAUAAUUAUGUUGUAUACAGGAUUACAUAAUGCAGGCUCCUGAGGAAUGUAUAUGUGUAAUUAGAAAAUAUAACCAAAAGUGUACAUAUAUUUGUGACGUCUUCCUGCUCAAUUUGUAAGUAGUGCAGCCAUAUAGAAUAUGCACUCUUACAGAAAAUCCAGAUUUUUUUUUAAAAAAAUGAUACAAUUGCCUAUCUUUAUCUAAUUUCUCUUUGAAUAUAUAUACAGAGGCAAGAAUAUAACCUCUAAUGCAGUACAGCCAAAGCCCACUGUUUAUUUCCAAUUGUUUGUUUUCAGCCACCAUUUCUUGUCUCAGAUGACUAUAGACAUAAUGAGUAGAUUUACAAGGUUUACCUAAUUCCUGAUAAUUAGAAAGACAAAAAUGGUUCAGCCUUUUUUGAAUAAGAAUCAUACUUAACUAUUGGAUGGUCCACCAGAGGUCACAUUCUUCUAUGCGACACGUGUAAUAUUUCUGUAAUCAAUAAGUUUCUCCUUAUGUUGCAUUGUAGUUUAGCAGAAACUUGGAGGAGGGACACUUGGGCUUCUACACCUGUUAACUUUUCUUAGUAACAUCAAAAUUUACUUUUUCUUUUAAUUUGUGAACUUUUCUCCCAAAUU